AGUAGCCGGUCUGGGAGGGCUCGAGGCAGCGGGAAGGGCCCCGCAGAACCGCAGAUCCCGCGUGUGCAUUGGCCCAGACCCCCUGUACCAAGCCUAACCGCAGAGCAUCCCGCCGCUCACGCCCGCCCCGGAGUUGGCCGCUAGAGAGCUGUGGCCCCUCGGUCCCGAACCCGCGUCCAGAGCCGCCCCGAGAUCCACGGGGCCAGGGGCGGGCCGGGCCGGUGGGAUGAGUUGGCGAGCGGGCUGAGUGCGCCCUGGAGCCGCUCCAGCCCCCGCGGGGAACAUGGCAUCUUGGCUCUGGAGAAAGCUGCGUGGCAAGAGGAGGCUGGCGAUGGCAUUCUGCCUCUUAACGACUCUGUCUGUGGUGACUGUCACCCGCUUGCCCCCACAGCGCCCAGCCACUGGCCCAGACCCUGGCCCCAUGGAGCCCCAGGGGGUUGCUGACGUCCCUGCCCCCCAGAGUCGGCAGGCUCUGAGCUCCAGCUGGAGGCAGCGGGCAAGAAGGUUGAGGAGAAGCUGGGCCUUGCCCGGGAGCUCCAUCCUGGUGUGUGCGGAGGAGCAAGACCACAGAGGGCAUGUGGACAGCAGCAGACGGUCCCCAGGGAAGGAGAGCAGCCAUCCAGGGAGGAUCGGGAAUGACAUUACUUUGGUACCUGCAGAAGACCUGAGACUCACUACCCGGCGUUUUGUGCUCCUGCAGGGGGAGGCGGUCAGGGGUCCAGGAGCCAAAGACCUGGACCCACCCUGGCACCAUGGUCCCCUCCCGGAGGCACUGAGUAAGACAAGCACCCCAGGUGGCCCCCUCACAGGGCAUGACAUUUCAACCUUACAGACUCGGAGAGCUACUGCUGGACUGACCCUCCAGCCCCCUCCAGAAGGCAGGGGUCUGCCAGGAGUCUGGAACAGAGCCUGGACUGGUGGCCAACAAGUGGAGGGUCCUGCCCCCACCAAAGAGGCUCACUGGUGGCCUGGCUCUGCUGGGGAGCUGCAAGGAUCUGUCUGGUGUGACACUGAGACUCCCGGGCUGUCCAGUGGCUUCAGGACCGGCGAGCAGGUACCCCCGUGGCUCACAGAGCAGGACGUGCAGACCCUCCAGCUUCUGGCCCAGGGGGAGGUGGUGGGCAAAGCCCGGGUGCCCGGCCACGGGCAGGUGCUGCUAGUCGGUUUCUCCAGUGAGGGGUCCCUUCAGGAUGCAGCUCCUGGGCUCAGCCAGCUCUGCUCCCAGGGUCUCUGUGGCUUGAUCAAGAGGCCCGGGGACCUAUCCGAGGUCCUGUCCUUCCACGUAGACCGCGUGCUGGGGCUGCGCCGGAGCCUGCCCGCGGUGGCCAGGCGCUUCCACAGCCCCCUGCUGCCCUACCGCUACACGGACGGUGGCGCCCGGCCAGUCAUCUGGUGGGCGCCCGACGUGCAGCACCUGGGUGACCCGGAGGACGACCAGAACUCUCUGGCCUUGGGCUGGCUGCAGUACCAGGCCCUGCUGGCACGUGGCUGUGGCCGACCCAGCCAUGCCCCAUGCCUGGGCAUCCAUCACGCCGAGUGGGCACGCCUGGCGCUCUUCGACUUCCUGCUGCAGGUGCAUGACCGCCUGGAUCGCUACUGCUGCGGCUUCGAGCCCGAGCCCUCGGACCCCUGUGUGGAAGAGAGACUCCGAGAGAAAUGCCGGAACCCCAGGGAGCUGCGGCUGGUCCACAUCCUGGUGCGGAGCAGUGACCCCACUCGCCUGGUCUACAUCGAUAACGCUGGCCACCUUCAGCACCCGGAGCACAAGCUGAACUUCCGGCUCCUCGAGGGCAUCGAUGGGUUUCCUGAGUCUGUCAUGAAGGUUCUGGAAUCAGGGUGUCUACAGAAUAUGCUGCUCAAGUCGCUGCAGACGGACCCAGUGUUCUGGGAAAGCCAAGGUGGGCGACAGGGCCUGCAGCAAGCCCUGCAGACCCUGGAGGGGCGAGCACAGGUCCUACUGCACCACAUCCGGACUCACAACCUGACGGUCUUCCCGGACGGAGGCCCGUAAGCCCCGCCCAUCCAACCCGAGUCCUUGCGGGGCUCGUAAGCCCCGCCCACCCCACGUCCAGGAGGGACUCUUAAGCCCCGCCCGCCCACCCCCUCCCCGCCGGGCGGGACUCGGCUCACCGCAGGCGAGUCACUCACUACGCGACCUGAGGGGAUAAGCGCCCAUCCUCAUGGCCACAAUUUCUUGUGUUGACAAUGUCUCGAAGACAAAAGGGAAAAACCAGAAACCAGGAGGGCACCAUGGACGCCGUGGGAUGUGUCGCAUGCCUGGGCUGGUGGAGGAGGUGGUGGGUGUUGGAUUUUCAAUCUCGUCACGUUUCUUUCUGCCAGCUCAGCUGACUGUUUACUCUCCUGCACCAAUAAAUACACAAGAAUGUUCUAUGAACUGCUCCAGAUACUGUAAAGUCAUGCAUUGCACGUGCACACGCAGAGCUGGACACCUCUGUGUGUGUGUGUGUGUGUAGGUGUGUGGGUGUGUGGGUAUGUAUGCAUGGUAUGUGGACCUGCCCACGUGCACACGUGAUAUGAGCCUCAUCAAGGAUCUUUACUGAAUUGUACUUGUGACCCAGAACUGCUCUGGCUGAAAGUGAACUCAGCUCCUAGAGAUGGAACACUGAGCCUUUUGUCUCUAUAGCCUUUAGAUGUUCAAUUUUUGUUCAUUUAUGUUUUGGUUUAAGAAUUGUAAAAGUAAUACAUGCUCACUAAAAACAAAUUCAUAAAUAAUAGAAGCAUACAAGAUAAAAAGCUAGAGGGUCCAGAGGGACGUUACUUUGGCACUUCCUGAACGAACUUUUCAGCAGCCCACUACUACAUUCUGUAUUUGCCAUCUAGUUGACCCAGUUCUUACUUAUGACCGCAAGGAACUCCCAUGCAGGGGCAUAUUAUAUUUCAUUUAGCUGUUCUCAUCAUGGUGAACAUUUAGAUGGCUCUAACUUUUCACCAAUUCAGGACAAUGCUGCCACGAACAUCUUUGCAUGAUGUGCAGGUAUUUCUGCCGGCUAUAUUUCCAUGAGUGGAUUUCUACAUUAGCAGAAAUGGGCUGAUGGGCAUUCUUUAUUUUCAGAGAAACUGCCAAAUUCCUUUCAAAAUGGUGGUGUCAGUCUACAUUCCUAACCAGAGGGUAGGGGACUAAUUGUUUCGCUACACCUCAUCAUCACUUGAUAUUCUUAAACUUAUUGUUUUUAUUCAUCUGAUAGGGAAAGCUAUUUUUAAUUUUUAUUUUUUGCUGAAGGAUAGUUGAUUUACUAUCCUUCAACACUGUGUUGAUUUCAGGUAUACAACAAAGUCAUUCAGUUACAUAUAUUUUUUUCUUCAGCUUGUUUCCCAUUAUAGGUUAUUAUAAGAUAUUGAAUAUUAUCCCCUGUGUUAUACAGUAAAUCCUUGUUGUUUACAUGUUUUAUGUAUAAAAGUGUGUAUCUGUUAAUCCCAAACUUGUCCCUCCCCAUCUCCUUUCCCCUUUGGUAACCAUAUGUUUGUUUACUACAUCUGUAAGUUUAUUUACUAUGUCUGCUAUGUUUACCAUGUCUGUUUCUGUUUUGUGUGUAGAUUCUUUUGUAUAUUAUUUUUUAGAUUUCACAUAUAAGUGAUAUAAUAUUUGUCUUUCCUUCUCUGGCUUACUUCACUAAGUAUAAUAUUGUCUAGGUCCAUUUGUAGCUGCAAAUGGAAAUAUUUCAUUCUUUUUUAUGUCUGAAUAAUAUUCCAUUGCAUUUAUUUAUCACAUCUUCUUAAACCAAUCACCUAUUGAUAGGCACUUAGAUUUUUCCCAUCUCUUUGCCUAUUUGUAAUCAUGCUUCUGUGAACACUAGGGUGCGUGUAUCUUUUUGGAUUAUAAUUUUAUCUGAAUCCCAGGAGUAGGAUUGCUGGAUCACAUGGCAACUCUAUUUUUACUUUUUGAAGACCCAUGCUGUUUUCCAUAAUGACUGUUCCAAUUACAUUCCCACCAACAAGUGUAGGCGGGUUACCGUUUCUCCUUGCCCUCUCCAGUAUGUUAUUUGUAGACUUUUUAAUGGUGGCUGUUCUGACUCGUAUGAGUAAUAUAUCACUGUAGAUUUGAUUUGCAUUUCUUUCUUUAAUAAUUAGUAAUGUUGAGCAUCUUUUCAGUUACCUAUUGGCCAUCUAUAUGUCUUCUUUGGAGAAAUGUUCUUUUAGGUCUUCUGCCAUUUUUUGAUUGGGUUGUUUUUGUUGUUGUUAAGUUAUAUUAGCUAUUGGCAUAUUUUAGAAACUAAGCCAUUGUCAGUUGCAUCAUUUGCAAAUAUUUUCUCCCGGUUCAUAGGUUGCGUUUUCAUUUUUUUUAAUGGUUUUCUUUGAUGUACAAAAACUUAUAAGUUUGAUUAGGUUGCAUUUGUUUAUUUUUGUUUUUAUUUCUAUUGGCCUGGGAGACUGACUUAAGAAAACAUUGGUAUGAUUUAUGUCAGAGAAUAUUUUGCCAAUGCUCUCUUUAGGAGUUUUAUGGUAUCAUGUCUUAUGUUUAAAAAGGAUUCCCAGGUAGCACAGUGGUAAAGAAUCCUCUUGCCAAUGCAGGAGAAGAAGAUGUGCGUUCAAUCCCUGGGUCGGGAAGAUCCCCUGGAGGAGGAAGUGGCCAUCUACUCCAGUAUUCUUGCCUGGAGAAUCCCAUGGACAGAGAAGCCUGGCGAACUUCAGUCCAUGGGGUCACAAAGAGUUGGACAUGACUAAGCAACUGAGCAUGCAUGCAUAUAUUCUAAAUACAAGUCCAAUAUAUAUACAAGUCCAAUAUAUGUUUUCAAAUA